AUGAGGAACAACAGGCUUCUAAAGGACUCAAGGAAUAUAACAGUGGAAGAACAACUUAUCAUGAUACUGAACAUUUUAGAUCAUAAAUCUAAAAAUCGCAUUGUGAGAUCUCAUUUAAUAAGAUCGGGGGAGACAGUCAAUAGAUAUUUCAACAAGGUUUUACAAGUAAUUAUUUGCAUGCGUGGACGCCACAUGAGACAAGCCCCCAAUGAUACUCCCCAAGAGAUCGUUAACAACCAGCUAUACUAUCAUUAUUUCAAGGAUUGCAUUGGUAUGAUAGAUGAUACUCAUGUUGAUGUAAUGCUUCCGAUUAAUCUUGUUGCACGAUUUCGAGACCGCAAAGGUGUUACACAGAACGUGCUUGCAGCUUGCACCCCAAACAAACUGUUCACAUAUGUCUUAGCAGGUUGGGAGGGGUCUGCAAAUGAUUAUAAGAUUCUCCAGAAUGCAUUAUCUAGACCACAACCACAUGGAUUUAAAGUCUAUGAUGGUAAAUACUAUCUGUGUGAUGUUGGGUACUCCACCAUGCCAGGUUUCAUAUCUCCAUACCGUGGUGUUCGAUAUCAUUUGAAAGAAUAUUCGGGUAAAACACCUAAUAAUAGAAGAAAAUUAUUCAAUCUAAGACAUUCUUCUUUGAGGUCUAAGAUUGAAUCUGCAUUUGGUACAUUGAAGAAUCGUUUCAAGAUUUUGUGUGCUAAGCCGCAUUACACAUUUCCUAUACAAGUAGAUAUCGUAUUGGCAUACAUGGUACUUCAUAAUUUUAUUGUAAUUGUUGAUCCAAGUGAUGAACUACUCAACGAGUCCGAAAUUAAUGAAGAUAUUGAUGUGAUGGCUGAUAAUACCUCAUUAAGUGGGAAAGAUAAUCGUAAAGAGAAAGGUGUAGCGCCAUCUCAGCCUCCACCCCCUCAGUCAUUGCAUUAA